AUGGCGACAGACCUCGAAUUUCCGCUCAUUUUUCUCUUGCCUACGCACCUUGACGCUGAUCGGCUUCACGAGCUAGAGGAGAAGAUUCCAAGCCUGACUUACGACAUACAAGAGGCUGAAGUGAUUCUCGGCAAAAUCUCGAAGAGGCAACGAGCUUUGUUCGAGCUACGGCAGAGAAAACUACAGACAGUGCCAGUGGAGGCAGCCACCGAGUCACAGCCUCCGGGUUCUUCGUGUAAGCGAAAACGGGAUGAAGGCUCAAGCGACAGCGAUUCAUCUGCGUAUACCGAGGAUGGCCAUAGGAAUGGAUCAGCUGCUUGGCCAGUCCCGCAGACAUUCCUAAAAUCUCUCGAAGUCGAUAUCGUUCGAGUAGUAAAGCUCAACUGGCUUACUGAAUCCCUUGAUCAGGGCCGGGUCCUUCCGCUUCGUGACUUUGUCAUCUACGAGGGCCCAUUCAUCGAGGAAUUGAAGGCAAUUCGGACAACGAGGAAACUCAUGGGUGAUCAGAUCGGCGUGAGAGCAUAUUCCACCUCGAUUGCGACAUUAUCCGCAUACCCAUGCAAUAUCUCAAGCCCGCAAGGGUGGCGAGACUUGGACGAUAUAGUAGAAUAUGGCUGGGACGACUUGUCACGCGUCCAGCAAAUCGGUAUCAAGUUCUAUGAGGAGCUCAAGCUCAAAAUUACUCGUGUCGAAGUCGAGUCCAUUGCCAACACAAUAUUGAAGCAUGCGCGCAAAUUCAGUCCUGGCUACCAGAUGGUCAUCGUUGGUGGGUACCGACGUGGGAAGCACAACAGCGGGGACGUGGAUGUGAUCAUCAGUCAUCCAGAUGAGUGUGCCACACUCAACUUCGUUCAGAAGCUUGUGGUGAGCCUAGAGAAGAGCGGGCAGAUAACCCAUACCCUCACGUUGAGCAACCACAAUAGCGAGCGCGGCCAGCGACCACUCAGCUGGGACGGAAAUCAGGGAAGGGGGGGUGGCUUUGAUACACUGGACAAAGCACUCGUGGUUUGGCAGGAGCCGGAAAUGAGCGAUCGAGGCAGGGCCAGCAGCGUCGAUUCCGCCAGCCAGAGGCCACCGCAUCGAAGGGUAGACAUUAUAAUCAGCCCCUGGAAAACGGUUGGCUGUGCUGUUUUGGGAUGGAGCGGGGACACGACGUUCCAGCGGGAUCUACGCCGCUACUGCAAGAAGCAGAGGGACUUGAAGUUUGACAGCAGUGGUAUCCGCAGUCGCCUUGACGGUAGCUGGUUGGACCUGGAGGGAAAUGGAAAAGCCCCGGACAUGUUAACGGCGGAGAGGAGGGUGUUUGAGGGCCUGGGGCUGGACUGGAGUCUCAUCUUGGCGUAA